AUGGCAGCUUUUCAGAGCACACUAUGGAGGUUGACUUCUGGGGUCUUAGGAGUAACGUGCCUUGUGCUGAUGGCCACUUUAGGAAUUUUGUUGAAAAAUGCAUUUACUAAACAAAGUAUUCUGCCAACAUCAUCUCCAGGACCCACCACCAUGGAACCUCGGGAAGGCUCUGGCUGCUGUUUUUGCCAAGAGAAAUGGAUUGGGUACCAAUGCAACUGUUACUUCAUUUCCAAUGAAAAAAAAACUUGGGCAGAAAGUAGGGAUUUCUGUGCUUCUCAGAAUUCCACUCUAUUUCAGUUGAAAAACAUGGAUGAGUUGCAGCCAUUUAUAAAAUACCUUAGAAAUUUUUAUUGGAUUGGACUCUAUUACUCUGACAAACAUCAUGCCUGGAUGUGGGAGGAUGGCUCUGCUUUUUCCAAAGAUCUAUUUGCAUUAACUGGAGGUUUAUAUCCAGGAAACUGCAUAGUGUAUAACGCACCCAAAACUGUUUUGAAUGAACCCUGCACAGAUGAAAAUUUUUAUAUCUGUGAAAACAAUCGCUUAG